GAUUUUGUGUCAGUCAGCCUUCUCUGAGCUCUGAUUGGUCCGAUCUGUCGCCGGCUGGAGGACGGUGUCCGUCAUGCAGUACUUAAGCAGAAAGACCUCUCUUUCUGAGCGUUUAAUCCGUACCAUUUCAUCCAUCCGUUCAUUGCCCGGUGAUAACGUGGAGUCUCUGAUCCGCAAAGGUGCGGAUGUGAACUGUCCCCACGACACCCUCCUCCCUCUGCACAGCGCAUGCAUGGUGUGCGACGCUGACUGUGUGGAACUGCUACUGGAGAAUGGAGCUCGUGUUGACUCGGUGGAUGGAUACCAGCGGACAGCCCUGCAUUAUGCUGCGGAAAAAGAUGACACCUGCGUGGAGAUACUCCUGGAGUAUGGUGCUAACCCUAAUGCCCCAGAUGGGAACCAGGACACACCCUUACACUGGGCAGCUUUUAAAAACAUGGCAGACUGUGUACAGGCACUACUAGAAGGUGGUGCAAGGGUAAAUGCCAGAGACUACAACCAGGACACACCUCUGAGUUGGGCAGUUAUGAAAGGAAAUUUAGAGAGCGUGAGGUUACUACUGGAUUACGGGGCGCAGCCAGACACUGUCAACCUCAAGGGGCAAUACCCUGCUGGACGACUUGUCAUUCUGAUGGCCCGAGGACUCGGUGGUGAGAGGGAGGAGGUGUGCUUGGAUCUGCUGCUCAGAGCUUGCGGACACCUACGUCUCAGAAGGGGCGGUGGGGUGCCCCCAGAGGCUGCCCGUGACAUCCACUUGUGUGAACGACUUUCCAAGCUGUGCUCCGAGCCUGGCACAUUGAAAUCCUUGGCUAGGCGGGCAGUGAGAGCCAGUCUCGGGGGAUGUCGGUUGUGCCUUGUUGUGCCAGACCUACCUGUCCCUAAAUCAAUACAGGACUACAUACUGCUAAAGGAAUAAACAAAUGGGGGAUCUCUGCCUCCCUAUGAAUGGACAGUAAGAAAUGAGCAGAAGAACCAAUCACAAUCAAGUGCAAUUAUUUGUGCCUUUCCGAAGGACAAUUGCAGCGCAGACUUGUGUCAGCCGUCUACACGAACAGCUCUUCUGCCCUAGAAUUCCUUACAGAACUCUGCAGGUUCAUGGAUUCAUCCAGCACUAGAAGCUAUGGGAAUCCUCACUGCCAAAUCCUCAUAGUUCUUGUCUUUCUUUAAACUAUGUUUACUGCACCCUUCAUUCAUCUUAUUCUCCUAUUUUCGUUCUGCCUUUAUCUUUUCAUUACAAUGCAUUGUGAGGUUUUCCUGUAAUUAAAGGGUAAAUUAAACUCUU